UUCAAAAUAUACUUCGUUGGAGGGAAAAAAUCGGAACUCAAAAAACUUCAAUCAUAUAGUUAAAUCUCUCUAAAUUCAGACUCCUAACCCUAAAUUUUUUAAAAAUUAUGGCAGACAUUCUAAGCCCAAAUGCAACCCUAAAGCAGAGACUUCCCAGAAUCCAAUCCCCUAAUGCUCCCUUCUUCCUGGGCUCCAACGACGACAAACUCGAGCGUGCUCAGGCACGCGCCGCCCGUGCUGCCGCUAUUCGCCGGAAGCUCGUCGCCUCCAACGCCACUCAACAAGCAGCAGACUCCGAUCCUUGCCUCGACAAGCAGCAAAUUCUCGUUCUUUUUCAAAAUUGUAUCAAACUCGCCAGUGAAAAUAAAAUAAAUCAAAAGAAUACAUGGGAAUUGAAUUUGAUUGAUCAUCUUUGCGAGAUUAUUAAGGUUGAAGAAGAGGAAGAUGUUGAGACUAAUUUUCAAAAGGCCAGUUGCACCCUAGAAGCUGGAGUUAAAAUCUACUCAUUACGGGUGGAUUCUGUGCAUUCGGAAGCAUACAAGGUCCUUGGUGGGAUCAAUAGAGCAGGUCAAGAUAAUGAACAAGAUGAUAUCACGGGGGAUGCCAAUACUGAUAAUUCACAAGAAGAAGGGCAACCCAAAAAAGAUACAGAACGAAAGAUUUCACCUUUGUCAACACUCGAAUCAUCCUUUGAGGCUCUUAAUGUGAAGAAAUUUGAUGCUGCAUUUGCUGUAGAUCCCCUCUAUCAUCAGACAUCUGCACAAUUUGAUGAAGGUGGAGCUAAGGGUCUUUUGUUGAACAAUCUUGGAGUCUAUGGUGGAUGUCGAGUGCUAUUUGAUUCACUAGAAGUACCAGGGAAGUUCACAUCAUGUGAAAAUCAACAGGAAAGACAAGAUACAAUUGAUCUGUCUUUUGCUAGAGAACACGUUGAACAAAUGGUACUAAACAUGAAAACCAGGGAUGAGAUUUGCCCAACUCUGGGAAAUAUAAUCAAUCAUUUUGAUGAAGAUAAUAGAAGGUCAUCAGACACUUUUUCUUCUCUCCAGAAAUCUCCUCACCAGGUUGAGAAAGAUGAUGAAACCUACAGUCAAGAAGCUGAUGUUGGUGGUAAUGCAUUUGAUGAUGGUGAGUCCUGGUCUUUUGAACGUGAUGAACAAACAAGUGUUGUAGAUGAUGAGCCUAAUGGUGCAGAUCCAUCAUCUUCAAAUCUUUACGAGGAAACGGAACCAUUUUCAUACAGCCCCGAUACUGACGACAGAUUCGACAAAGUUGAUAGCUUUUUGUUUUUUAGUUUGGGAUUCACGGCCAAGCAAAAUGCUUGGGCGGGUCCUGAUCACUGGAAAUUUCGGAAAGCUAAAGGUCCAGAGUCUCAUUCUUCUACUGAAAAAGGAUCGCCAUUACCUUCUAAGAAACCCAAGACUAAGAAGCAAGCAGAACUUGAUAUUGAUUUCACGAAAGCCUUGGAAGAAAAUUUGCCGGAUAUCUUUACCCCUCCUAAAAAUGCCAAGUCAUUACUUUUACCAGCAACAAGAGCACCGUGCAACACAACAUUGCCUGAAGAUUGCCACUGUCAACCAGAAGACUUGGUUAAAUUAUUUCUUUUGCCUAAUAUAAUGUGUCUUGGGAAGAGACGCCGUAAGUCCCAAGAUCAACUGAAACAGCAGUCAGAUGAUUAUGGAGCCGAGCCAACAUGGGAUGAAGGAAGCUUUUGUGGUGGCGAAGUUGAUGAUGGAAAUGCCUGCAGUGAUGAGGAAGACCCUAACACACUUGUUUCUCAACCUCGCCAGGUAAACAAAAUUGAAGUUCAGUAUGACAAAACUUCAAAGCAAGUUGACGUGCAGGUACUGAAGGAAACCUUAUGGCAUCAUAUAGAAGAAUCUCCGAAAAUGUCUUUUGAGAAGGAUGAAGAAGAAGCAAUAUCAUUCAAGAAUCUACUGUCAAGCUUCCCAAAAGAAUGCAAUGCUAGUGCAAAUAUAAAGGACAUAUCCCCACAUUUAUGUUUCAUCUGCGUAUUACAUUUGGCAAAUGAACAUGGACUGAGCAUCCAUGGAUGUCCCACUCUGGAUGAUCUCUCUAUACAUCUGCCUCAAACCAACGACUUGUAAGUAAAUUGAGUCCUCUCAUUUCUGUACCUUAAUCUUUUUAUUGUAUUUUAGUUCGUGAAAAUUGCUUUUCUUGUGUCCUAUUUGUUCAUCUCUCAAUAUUAUUGUCUAAUUUUUUGACGCUAAACGACAAUAUUGUACGUCAGUUGCCAUCAUAAGGACACUUCACAUGCAUAGCUUAAAUUAGUUUUUUUUUUCAA